UCCACAGGCCUCGUCGUCCUCGCCCAGUCGCCCGCCCGCAUCCCAUUCGCUCGUCUCCUCCUCCGGCCGCCGUCACCCCUCGUCGCCACCCGCACCCCGGCCGCCGCCGUCGCCGUCGCCGUCACCGCUUCCCCCCACAAAGCCACCCGGACGCCACCCGCAAUGGAUUUUUCCACCGCGUCCUCCUCCAGCGCCCAUGGCGCCGCCGCCCGCGUCGCGCGCUGCUGACUCGGCCCCUGCUGAUCCCAGCAGGCCCGCCGCGAGCGCGCCCGAGCCGAUCACCGUCUCGAGCCCGCGGGACCACCUCCACCACCACCUGAUCGAUCGCCGGGACACGCCGCGCGGCCGCGCGUGGGAGCCGGAGCUGAGCCGGAGCGGAGGGGCGAUGGACGGGGCGGCGGCGGUCAAGCUGGUGUCCGGCGAGGCCGGGUACGUCCUCGAGGACGUGCCGCACGUGUCGGAUUACCUCCCCGAUCUCCCGACCUACCCAAAUCCAUUGCAAGAUAACCCAGCAUACUCGGUUGUGAAGCAGUACUUCGUAAACCCAGACGACACUGUCUGCCAGAAGAUUGUUGUUCACAAGGAUGGACCCAGAGGGAACCACUUCCGUCGUGCCGGACCUCGCCAAAGAGUCUAUUUUGAACCAGAUGAGGUCCAUGCAUGCAUUGUUACCUGUGGAGGAUUGUGCCCUGGACUUAAUACUGUGAUUAGGGAAAUUGUAUGUGGCUUAUCUGACAUGUAUGGUGUCACCAAGAUACUUGGGAUUCAGGGUGGGUAUAGAGGCUUCUAUGCUCGCAACACCAUCACCUUGACUCCAAAGAGUGUAAAUGACAUUCACAAAAGGGGUGGGACUAUUCUCGGAUCAUCCCGAGGCGGCCAUGACACCACGAAGAUCGUUGACAGUAUUCAAGAUCGAGGCAUAAAUCAGGUCUAUGUAAUUGGUGGUGAUGGUACUCAAAGGGGAGCAGGAGUGAUAUUUGAAGAAGUUAGAAGGCGUGGUCUGAAAGUUUCUGUUGCUGGCAUUCCAAAGACUAUUGACAAUGACAUCCCUGUAAUUGACAAGUCAUUUGGUUUCGACACAGCAGUCGAGGAGGCUCAACGUGCAAUAAAUGCUGCUCAUGUGGAAGCUGUAAGUGCUGAGAACGGUAUAGGUCUUGUCAAGCUAAUGGGACGACACAGUGGUUUUAUCGCGCAUUAUGCUACUCUGGCUAGCAGGGAUGUGGAUUGUUGCUUGAUUCCAGAGUCACCUUUCUAUCUUGAAGGUGAAGGUGGACUUUUCAGAUAUAUAGAAAAGCGUUUGAAGGAUAAUGGUCAUAUGGUUAUUGUUGUUGCUGAGGGUGCCGGACAGAAACUUAUUGCUGAAACCAUGCAGUCAAUUGGGAAAGAUGCCUCAGGCAAUGAGCUGCUUCUUGACGUUGGUCUUUGGUUAUCUCAAAAGAUAAAUGAGUACUUCAAGAGAAACAAGAUGACUAUUAAUCUGAAGUACAUAGAUCCGACGUACAUGAUCCGUGCCAUCCCUAGCAAUGCAUCAGAUAACGUCUAUUGCACACUGUUGGCUCACAGUGUGGUCCAUGGAGCCAUGGCUGGAUAUACUGGCUUCACCAUUGGUCAAGUGAAUGGUCGGCAUUGCUAUAUCCCUUUCUAUAGGAUAACCGAGAAGCAGAACAGAGUUUCGAUAACCGACAGGAUGUGGGCAAGGCUGCUCUCCUCGACCAACCAGCCAAGCUUCCUGUGCAACAAAGUUAUCGAAGAGGCGAAGAAGGAACAGGAAAGGGCGGCCCAACUUAUAGAUGGCUCGCCUUCCCAUCGGAAGCUUGCCGGGAAGGUUGCAGGUCCCAACUCUGGUGAUACGAAGUGAGGUCAACGUCCGCUUAUAUGGUGCGGAUAAACCUUUUUUUUCAGCCUAUUUAGUUGCUAUGGCAACUGAUGAUGCCAUUUUUCCAGUCCGCUUAUAUACCCCUGACCAAUUUUUCCAGGGGGAAACCCUAUCUCUAACUUAGUGCUAAAUAAAUAUAUCUUUGUAUAGUUUGGCUGGCAGACUAUCUGCUGUUUCUUUUGGAAUAAGUUCAGGAACAC